UCUGAGCUACGUGUAAUGGAUGACAGUAGCAAUCGAAAAAUCCAGUGGUAUGAACUAUCCAAGAGUUCUUUGCAAUAUUUUUGUCGAAUGAAUGAUCAACAAAGGUUUCGUAGUUUACUGGAACCAAUACUUGUUCCACGUGUAGUUGGCUCUCCAUCUCAUCGAGCGGUUUCUUCCCAUCUAGCAAGGAUAUUGUCUGCAUCAGGUUUCACAAUUCAAUGGGAUGAAUUUACUGAAAGCACUCCUCAUGGGAAGAAACCAUUUAAAACAUUGAUUGCUACACACGAUCCUAAUGUUGAUAGGCGACUGGUUCUUGCUUGUCACUAUGAUUCUAAAAUUUUAAAAGGUGAAGUUUUUAUUGGUGCAACUGAUUCUGCGGUGCCAUGUGCGAUGCUUCUUGAAAUAGCAUCGACUCUUGGCCUACUAUUUUUGCAGGAUGUAACUUUACAAUUAAUAUUUUUUGAUGGUGAAGAAGCAUUUGAAGAUUGGUCAAAUACAGAUUCAAUAUACGGUGCACGGCAUCUUGCUUCCAUGUGGAAAACUACUUACAUUACGACUACACAGCUCUCGUCUUUUAAAAUUUCGACUGAAAUCGACCGCAUAGAUUUAUUGAUACUUCUCGAUCUCUUAGGUGCUCCAAAUCCGCAUCUUUACGAUUUUAGUGGUUAUUCUUCAUCAAAUGCCUUCUUCAAAAUAGCAUCAAUAGAGUCACUUAGGAAAGCUGGUUGCCUUCAUCGAUUACCGCGAAUAUUCCAGCCUCAAACAAUUUUCAGACAAGUAGAAGAUGAUCAUUUGCCAUUUUUGCAAUUCGGUGUACCAGUCAUGCAUCUUAUACCAAUACCUUUUCCAGCCGUAUGGCACACAGCAUUCGAUAAUGCUGAUAUUUUAAGCUAUGAAACGAUUGAUAAUUUGAAUUCUAUUUUGAGAGUCUUUAUUGCCAAUUAUUUUGGCUUGGUACCAUAG